AUGAACAGUCUUGGCGGUAGGAUACCUCUAGAAAUUGCACAGUGUGUGCUUCUUGAGGAUCUCGAGCUCUGCUGUAACAAUAAUUCUGGCACUAUCCCUUCACAAAUUGCUAACCUCCGGAAUUUAAACACCUUUUUAGAUUUACAUUGCAACGCAUUGACAGGACCGGUGUUGGCUGGUAUAAGAGGAAUGCAAAUGAUCCAGGCUGUAGAUCUGUCAGUGAAUAAACUAAUUGGGGCCGUCCCUACCCAAAUUAUAGGCUUAGUAGGUUUGAAGUACCUGAAUCUCUCUUACAAUCAUCUGGAGGGCAUCCUUCCAUCAGUGAUCUGGCAAAAACUAUCAAUCCUUGAAGAACUAGAUUUGUCUCACAAUAAUAUAACAGGCUCGGUUCCCCCCUCCAUCUCCAAGCUAGAAAUGCUUGAAAUCUUGGAAUUGGGGUAUAAUAAUUUCAUAGGUCAAGUACCCUAUACAGGUGCCGUCAAGAAGAUGAACAUGACAUCCUUUCUUGAAAAUCCGAGACUGUGCGAAAUAGCAGGCAGUCUGAGGAUUUCGAUGGAAGAAUUGAAGAGAGCAACAAGAGACUACAACUGUGAUAACUUAAUCGAUGCAGGAAACUACAGAUCUGUUUAUAGAGGAGUUCUAUUGAGUGGGGAGAGUGUGGCCAUAAAGGCUUUCAGGGUUUCCGAUUCAGAAAGGGUAGAGAGAAGCUUCAUCAGAGAAUGCAAGACCCUGGGGAAAGUCCGGCACCAAAAUCUGGGUUUGCGUUACUUGCAUCAUGACUGUUCACCUCAAAUCGUGCACUGUGAUUUGAAACUACAGAAUGUGCUGCUGGACGAGGACAUGAUGACUGACGUGGCCGAUUUUGGAAUUGCAUGGCUCUUUGGUCCAACCGAUGACUCAGCCAACACAACCUCGGCACUGAAAGGAACCGUCGGCUAUAUCCCACCAAGUUAG